AUGCAGGAGUUAAUGAGAAUAGAGGUGGCAAUGCAGGAGUUAUUGAAAAUAGAGGUGGCAAUGCAGGAGUUAAUGAGAAGAGAUGUGGCAAUGCAGGAGUUAUUGAAAAUAGAGGUGGCAAUGCAGGAGUUAAUGAGAAGAGAGGUGGCAAUGCAGGAGUUAUUGAGAAGAGAGGUGGCAAUGCAGGAGUUAAUGAGAAUAGAAGUGGCAAUGCAGGAGUUAAUACGAAUAGAAGUGGCAAUGCAGGAGUUAAUGAGAAUAGAAGUGGCAAUGCAGCAUUUAAUAAGAAUAGAAGUGGCAAUGCAGGAGUUAUUGAGAAUUGAGGUGGCAAUGCAGGAGUUAAUGAGAAUAGAAGUGGCAAUGCAGGAGUUGAUGAGAAUACAAUUGGCAAUGCAGGUUUCAAUGAGAAUAGAAGUGGCAAUGCAGGAGUUAAUGAGAAGAGAGGUGGCAUUGCAGGAGCAAAUGAAAAUGGAGGUGGCAGUGCAGGAGUUAACGAGAAUACAAUUGGCAAUGCAGGUUUCAAUGAGAAUAGAAGUGGCAAUGCAGGAGUUAAUGAGAAAAGAGGUGGCAAUGCAGGAGUUAAUAAGAAUAGAGGUGGCAGACUCUGGCACAGCUGUGACUCCUGCCUGUUGA